AGCUCUCCUCGGGCAGAUGAGCGACCCGGUGAUGAACGGCAGGGUGCCCCUGCCCGAGAAAGCCCUGUCCGAGGGCUACGCCCGCCUCAGGUACAGGGACACCUCCCUGCUCAUCUGGCAGCAGCAGCAGCAGAAACUGGAGUCGGCUCCCCCCAACACGUACCUGAGCCGCAGCAGGAGCAUGUGGUACUCGCAGUACGGCAACGAGGCCAUCCUGGUGCGGGACAAAAACAAGCUGGAUGUCUCCAGGGACACGGGGCAGUCCAAGUUCUGUGCUAUUAUGUAAUUCCCACCCUCGGGAAUCCACACGUGGAGAGGAAGCAGAGCUGGGGGAGGUGGGUGUGCACCUCCCUCUCACAGCCCUGCACAGGAAGCGACGUUUCCAGGGGAGGCCGGGGAAGGCUGAAAUUUGAUUUGUUUGGUUUUUGCUGUUUAUGGACUCCCGUUCUGCAUGUCGUUGAGUGUGUACAACAAACCCAGUCUCGCUGGGGAGCUCCCAAGCCUGUUGCAUCUUGGCAGGGGCCGUGCUGGACCAUGUGUUGCUUGGAAGUGGCUCGUGUGCCCUGAGAAACACCCGCUGGCACCUGGGCACCGUCCCCAGCCACCCUCACCGGCCAGUCCUGCUGCAUUUCCAGAGCUCUGGGAGUGCUGGUGGGACAGAGGCGAGCACAGAUCUGUUCCCAUCAAGGCUGUGGUUUUAAGAAGUUGGUCUCCAAAACCACCUGGCCAUUAUUUGUUCUGUCUCCCUUCGAUUCCUGCUCUGAAGUGGUCUCUUCCAGCCAGGAGUGGUUUGCUGUGGGAACAGGGAGAGAAUAUGUUGAGAAUUUAAUCCGAGCCUUUAAAGCACCUGGUAGGAAAGAUGUGCUGGAGCUUCAUGCAAAGCAAGGGGCCCUCUCUGAUCCCACAGAUCAGAGGGAUCAUGGAAAUAACAGGAGCUCUGGAGUCAGGGGAGCUGCAGAUCCCUGGCCCAGCUUCAGCAACAGAUCCCUGAAUGAAGCACCUGAAAGGGAGGGAGCAGGAAAGCAACAGCAAGAAACCCCUGUAAAUACACACAAAUCCUCAGGGGCACGAGGAAACUCCUGCACAGCACAGCCCCACCCCUGAGGUGGGGUACAGAGGGAAAGAGGCCACUCUGGAGUCCGCUUUGCAUUCAAAUUUUAACGCAUGCAGUAGCUUGGAAGGGUUUAACUUCUAGUUCAGGUUGGAUCGUAGGUUUGGUGCAUGUAUUUUAGGAGUUGUGUCUGGGAUUGUUUCGAUUAACUGGAGGAUUUUAGGAGGGAGAAGCACUGCCCUGCUCGGGCACAGAGGCUGCUGCUUUCAGGUUUAAGUUUCUGUUGAAUCCUGACUUGCUCAAGGCAAGGUCACGCUGAGAAACUCAGCCCAGCAAGCACCUGAAUCUUUGUUAAGAACAGAACUAUCACUUCCAGGGGUGUGAAUUAUAGCCCAGGGUUCAGCAGGAAAGUUCUUCUUCAGGGUUCUGCCCUUUCUGUCCUGCCUAGGCCGUGUGUCCAACCCAGCAGUGCCUGGGCACAGGCUUAGCUCCAGGCAAAUCACCAUUUGAUGUCAGCUUCAGGAUGGAUUAUUUACCUGCCUAUUAUUAGGCACAGUCAUUACUUCUGUUCUAUUUAUCUAAAACCUCCUUUGCAUUUUUUUCAAGCACUUUAUUUAUUUAAUAUAUUUUUUUUAAAUACAGUGAAGAAUCUCUUCCACCUCUCCCGUGUGGGUGAAAUGCUACAACGAACACACAGACACUCAGCCUUGCUGAACUCAAUGUCCUGAGCAGAACACACCUGUUCUAGAGUGAAAUCUUAGAGCUUUGGUGUCCUCAGCCCUGCUCCAUAGCACUGCAGACCACAGGCAGCUCGCUGCUUUUUCCAAGCACUAUUUCUGCAUGUGUUGGUGUUUGGUACCUCGUGUGUGUGUGCUCAUAGAUUUAAACCUGCUGCACCUCGCUGCUUUGCAGACCCGUGCACUGCUCUGCACACAAAUAACCCUCUUGGUUUUGUCAGGACUAGCUCUGGAGGAGAGACAAGUCAGUGAAUAAAUGUUUUUCAAGCGGGUGAAAGCGUUCAAUGAGAUUCACAAACCCGGCGAGGUGCCGGGGGAGCAUUGCCAGGGAUGUGUGACCCACCCGGGCCUGCAGCUCUUGGCUGAGUGCACAGGAGAUCAUUUACUCAAACAGGCUGGGCCCAGAGCUCCCCUGGGAACUGCAGGUGGAUUCACCUGGAGAAGCAGGAGGGGUGGGUUCCAGGCCAGCCCUGGGGAGCACGUGAACUCUGGGAGUUUAAGGAACAGCACAUCCCCCAAACCGGCUGUUCGUUUCCUUUUCUUAUAGAAAAAGAAAUCCAACGCUUAUUUUCUUUUUAAUUUCAGUAAGGGAGAUGCUUAUUUUGGGUGUAAUCAGUCUCUUUUUGUUAACGUGGCUGGUAAACCAAAAUUCAGUUAUUUUGCAGAGUGUUAAUUGGACUAUACAAGACUAAACCCGUAAGAAUGUGCAUAAAUUCUUCCAGGAUGGAGGCUGGAUGUGACAGUGCAGGAAGAAGAGGAUGAGUUGUCCUUCCAUCUCUGUGAAUGUGACUGUACUUUUCCAUUUCUCUGUGUCCCUGGUCACAGCAGGGUUGUGGAGUGGCUGCUGUGGCUGUUUCUGUGAGCCAGUUGUGUGGUGGUGAUGCACUCGUUUCAAACACUGUUGUAGCCUCUUUGAUAAAGUGCAUUAAAAUGAUUUGAAUGCA